ACGGUGCCGCAGCCGGCGUCGAGCGGGGCGCGGUGGCGCGCGGCCUGCCGGGAGCCGUAGUCUCCGGCGACUUCGGCGGGGAUGCGUGGCGUUGGCGGAAGCGCGCGCGGCUGGCUGCGGCUCUGCGGAGGCGGCCCGGGGCGCGGCGGGAGGCGAGCCAUGGCCGAGGCGGCCGCCCUGAUGGGCCAGAGGAUCGUCUGGGUGGACCUGGAGGUGGGGGUGAACUUCUUCCCCUUUCUCCUGACAGCCCCCCUCGCUCCGAAAGCCUCCCCCCAUCCCCCAUCAGUAGUGGAAGGUUAAACCUAAUUCCCACAAUCUUCCGCUGCCGGGCACCCACUGGCUUUGCUUCUCGGACCCUCAGAUGACCGGCCUCGACAUUGAAAAAGACCAGAUCCUGGAGAUGGCUUGCCUCAUCACAGAUUCAGGGCUGAACAUCCUGGCCGAAGGUCCUAACCUGAUCAUUAACCAGCCCGAUGAGUUGCUUGACGGCAUGUCAGACUGGUGCAAAGAGCAUCACGGGAAGUCCGGUCUUACCAAGGCAGUGAAAGAGAGCACGAUCUCCCUGCGCCAAGCAGAGUACGAGUUUCUGUCUUUCAUCCGGCAACAGACUCCACCAGGGCUCUGCCCUCUUGCAGGAAACUCUGUUCAUGCUGAUAAGAAGUUUCUGGACAAACACAUGCCGCAGUUCAUGAAGCAUCUCCAUUACCGGAUCAUCGACGUCAGCACCUUGAAGGAACUCUGCAGGCGCUGGUAUCCUGAGGACUACGAGAUUGCUCCCAAGAAGUCUGCUUCUCAUAGAGCCCUGGAUGACAUCCGGGAGAGCAUCAAAGAAUUGCAGUUCUACAGAAAUAACAUCUUUAAAAGGAAAACAGACGAAAAGAAAAGAAAACUGGUCGAAAAUGGGGAAAGUGAACAGUCUGUUAGUUGAUCCUGCAUCCCGAUCCUUUAGGAAAACCUCCAGAGCCCAGGGCAGUCUUCCUGCUGAAGAGAAGAAGAACCUUUCAGCUCCGUUGUUGUCUCAAGAGGGCGAUGUGACAGGAUCCCAGAUGGGACAGGCGUUCAAGGCCUGCCCCUGACUCUCGGUGGUUGUUCAGUUCAAAAGGACAGAAUACCUUCUUUCCUUGGAGAAUUGCUUUCAUUUGGCCCAAACCCCCUCAUUUGUUUCAGAAUUAAAAUCAACCUCACUGCAAAAUA